CGAUGACGAUCCGAUUUAGCGGGGCGAGCUAACUUGUCGGUUGCAGGACAGCGCUUUGAAAGAGGCACAGCUGCGAAGCUUACUUGCGUAUCCAGCCUACCUACAUACGUGAAGAGCAGAAAUGCUCUCCUCGGUUGCAUCAAAAGAGGGUCCAGAAGGUAGUCAAAGCACUUGAAUAACGCUGAAUCUCAUCUCGUCUAAAGCGAAUAUCGUACCGGAACCUCGGGGACCUAGUUAGAUCAACAACAAUGUCUGCAGCAGAGGAAACUGGAGGAGAGAUUACGUCUCUAAGCAACGAUGUCUUCUUAAUAUUCGCUCCGUAUCCGGAUUCAACGGGAUUCGUGGGACGGAUCACCAAGCGUUUUAAGGGUCUUCAAGUACGAUGGGUCAAGUCAUCGGCUAGCCCGCUCGUUCCGCCGAAGGCUGAAGACCUCGACGCCAAGGAGUGGGACGGCGUGACUUUGCUCGCUACAUUCAUGCCGCCUCCGGCGGAGUUCCUAUCCAAGGUCCGCUUCGUGCAGCUUACCACUGCGGGAAUCGAUCGAUGGCCGGGACAUGCGAUAUACCAAGACGAUAGGGUCACAUUUGCCACUUCUAAUGGCUGCCACGCAACGCAGAUUGCGGAAUGGGUCAUAGGUGCGUGGCUCAUGCAUCAACAUGCCUUCCUUACCUAUGCCGCGAACAUGAAAACGGGAACUUGGCAGUCUCCCUUUACCGCAAAGGUCCAAGAUUCAACGGGCAUGCGAAUAGGCAUUUUGGGAUAUGGCGCGAUUGGGAGGCAGUGCGCACGAUUAGCUAAAGUCUUGGGCAUGGAGGUUUAUGCUUACACGCGCAGCGAGCGAGCGACACCCGAAUCACGAAAGGACGACAGUUAUUGCGUGCCGGGUACCGGCGACCCGGACGGGCUCCUGCCGGCGAAGUGGUUCCACGGCGCGGCCAAGGAGGAUGUAAAUAAUUUCCUAGGGCAGGAUCUCGAUCUGUUGGUCAUCAGCCUGCCGCUCACUUCUGAAACACGGCAAAUUCUCUCGCAUGAGCAGUUCGAAAUCCUAAGCAAGAAAAAGACGUUCGUCGCGAACAUUGCGCGCGGCGGUCAUAUUAACCAAGACGCGCUUAUCAAGGCUCUAGAGAUAGAGCAGAUCCGUGGCGCCGCGCUCGAUGUCACGGAUCCGGAGCCGCUCCCCAGCGAUCAUCCGUUAUGGAAAGCUCCAAAUCUGAUCAUAACCCCUCAUAUUAGCUGGAAGACAGAUGCUCUCUUCGGGAGGUUACUGCAUCUUAUGGAGCUUAAUCUCGAGAAGUUAGCUACCGGGCAGCCGCUCAUCAACGUGGUAAACCGUCAGCUACAUUACUGAUAGAAUUGCUUCAGCAAAAGAUAUGAUUUAAAAAAAAAAUGAAUUGGAAAUUCGAGUGAGCUUGUUUCGCACCACACCACCGUUAUCGUGUAUGCUCGAUUAUAAGCUUUGGCUAUUCAGCAAUAGUUUGCGGUGGAUGCCAGACAUACCGUUACCGCAAGCUUGGUCAGUCUAAGACAGGUUAGCACCACCAUUCACCCAAGUUCUAGAACACCGCCUACCUACUUGGCAGUAGGUAGGGAUGGAAGAAUCCAAGCCAGAAUAGAAAAACAAACAUUGGCGUCAGCACGAAAAUAUACCUAGUAUUCCCGUUGGCUUGAAGAUAAUACUCGGUACCAAAAGCCAGAGAGUUUGUGCAUCUAAUAAUAGUCGACUCACAUAGGUAGGUAGUUAGCUCUACAACAUGAUUACGACUUGAAGAAGUAAAACGGAUGCAAAUCCUGCCAGGAAGAAAAACUUUGCGCCCCUAGAUAAGGGCCCGGACGUCCGGUGCGGGUCUCUAAGACCCCCAAAAGGCACUUCGCCAUUGUGGCUGACACUAAGGCAAAUAUCUACACUUUGCUGGUCCCACUACGUCGGAAAGUUCGCGGCUCGCAGA